AUUCGAAUAAAGAAUAUUUUAAUUAUUCCGGAAAAAGUUUAGCUUCAAAUACGCACAAUCCAAGAUUCCAAUUGGCUCACACAAACACAAUAGUAUCAUCACCCAAAUCAAAACCAAAAUCAAAUCCUCUCUUGGAUCGGCAACAAUACGAUGUUAGAGCUGCAAGGCGAGAACGCCAUGCCUAUGAGUUCGACCCGCGUGGCGGCGAUCAGCGUGGUGGACCACUACCUCCCCUACGACUCCCACAACCUCUACGACGUCGCUUUCGACACCCACACCAUCCGCACCCUCCUGGCCUCCGACCCCUCCCUCGUCCACUCCUGGCUCUCCGACAACGCCCUCAACCGGCCCGGCCUCCUGGUGGGCCUGGACAUCGAGUGGCGGCCCAACACCCAGCGAAACAUGCAAAACCCCGUGGCCACGCUCCAGCUCUGCGUGGGCCCACACUGCCUCGUUUUCCAGAUCAUCCACUCCGCCAUCCCUCCUUCACUCUUCUCCUUCCUCGCUGACCCCAACGUCACUUUCUUUGGGGUUGGGAUCCAGGAGGACGCCGAGAAGCUUCUAGAAGACUACAAUCUCAAUGUGGUCAACGUCCGUGACCUUCGCCCCCUCGCUGCGGAGAAGCUUGGUGACCCUGAGUUGAACCGUGCUGGGCUUAAGUCAUUGGGCCUCCGAGUGCUGGGCCUGGAGAUUCGGAAGCCCCAGAGGAUCACCAGGAGUAGGUGGGAUAAUCCUUGGCUCACUUCUGAUCAGGUUCAGUAUGCCACAGUUGAUGCCUUUCUCUCUUAUGAGAUUGCCCGCCGUUUGACUUCUUCUAAUUAAUUAUUAUUAUUGUCUUUUAAUUCUUAUCACUUGCUUAAUACUCUUUCUUAAUUUUGUAAUUUUUACUAUCAUUAUGCCUAAAGUAAAUUGUGAGUUUAUUUGUUUUGCUACAA